GAGGGAGAGGGAGAGGGAGAGUCAGGGAGGUAGGUGGGGUCCAUGGGGCUUUCCGGAGUGAGCCGCCCGAUUUGUCGUUACUUAAGUCGCAAAGGAGACCCCACCCCUUUUGGCAUCUAGCGUUUGACUCCAAACCCUCCCUUCUCUCUUCUUUUUUCUCAUCUUCAUCUUCCUUCCUUCCUUGUUAACGAACGAACGGGUACUCCGAUGUUGGGUUCUUGUUUCUAACUUGGUUUCCUCCGUGUGUGAUUAGAGCCCACCGCGGGGGUUGCUUUUCACUGGUGAAAGUGAACAAGGGAGAGAGAGAGAGAGUCCUUGGCUACACGCCCAACCCCACCUUCUGCCCCCAUACGCAACGGGGGAGGGGGGUUUCCUUCUCUCAACACACACACAGAGACACAGGGAGAGAUCGAGAAAGAGAGAGUGAGAGAGAGGAUGGUGAUGAUGAUGGAAGCAUGAGAGGUGAGUUCCCCCGAAUUCUCCUCCUCCUCCUCUAGCAUCAUUUCUUCCACCACCACCACCAUCUUCCCUCGCGUUAUGGCUGGAAGCAACGAUGUUUCACUGAACGACGCCAAGACGGUGGUUCCCCUCAAUACAUGGGUGCUAAUUUCCAAUUUCAAAUUGGCGUACAAUCUUCUCCGCCGCCCCGAUGGAACAUUCAAUCGCCAUUUAGCCGAAUUCCUCGACCGGAAGGUGCCUGCCAAUGCCACCCCGGUUGACGGGGUCUACUCUUUCGAUGUGAUCGUGGAGCGAUCUACCAGCCUUCUGAGUCGCGUUUAUAGGCCUUCCUCAGAUGGGCUGGGCGGCGCUGGCGCGGCUGCUGCCCCAGUGUCAUUUGAUCCCACAUCUAGCGAUGCCGCUUUUCCGGUGAUCAUCUUCUUUCACGGGGGCAGCUUUGCUCAUUCCUCCGCCAACAGUGCCAUCUACGACACCCUCUGCAGGCGGCUGGUGAGCUUCUGCAAGGCCGUUGUGGUCUCUGUCAACUAUCGUCGGUCUCCUGAGCAUCGCUUCCCUUGUGCAUAUGAUGACGGGUGGGCAGCCCUGGAGUGGGUGAACUCUCGGCCUUGGCUUAAGAGCGGGAAGGACUCAAAGGUGUACAUCUUCUUAGCGGGCGACAGUUCUGGGGGCAACAUUGCCCACCACGUCGCCCUCAGGGCGGCACAGUCAGGAAUUCCGGUGGCCGGCAACAUAUUGUUGAAUCCCAUGUUUGGGGGAGAGAAGAGGACAGAAUCUGAGAAGCGACUAGACGGCAAGUACUUUGUGACCAUUCAGGAUAGGGAUUGGUACUGGAGAGCUUUCCUGCCAGAAGGGGCUAAUAGAGAUCACCCUGCGUGCAACCCUUUUGGCCCUAAUGCUCUCAGUCUGAGCGGCUUGCCUUUCCCCAAGAGCCUUGUAGUUGUUGCGGGCUUAGAUCUGGUGCAAGACUGGCAGUUGGCCUACGCUGAGGGGCUCAAGAGGGAAGGGCAGGAUGUGAAACUAAUAUAUUUGGAACAGGUCACUAUUGGCUUCUACUUCCUUCCUAACACCGAACACUUCUAUGGAGUUAUGGAGGAAAUAAAAAACUUUGUGAGUUCCAACAGCUCGUAGGCUGACCACUCCUCUUCAAGCCUCAAUAUGACCUGAAACUUUUUGACAUUUUCCAUCAUUCUUUCUUUCUUCCUCCCUUUCUUCUCAUUCCUCUCUCGUUCUUUGUCAUGCCUUUUUUGGCUGUAAGGGGUUGAUGUGCGAUGUAAAAAGCAUAGGCAUUGGCUGCGUUCUGUUUGUUGUCUUGGUCGGUCGUUAUCAUUGUUGAUGAAUUGUAAAUGAUGUUCUCGGGGUACGCAUAUGUAAAGCGCUGCUGGUUGAGCUUGGAUUGGUAUACUGAAAAUCUUCACCAACCCCACGUAGCAGGGGCAUGCAAAUGAGCUUGCAGACGGAGGACAGGUGAAUUGAGAAUUUAUGCGUGAAGGUUCAUUGGCAUACGAUCACCGGCCUGCGCUAUGAAGAAAAGGAGGAGCCGCCUAUAAUGUGGCGAACGACGUGGACCAUGAUCAGGCUUCGUACCCCGCAAGAUUGUUGAGGAUUUACUAUUUCAUUAGACGAUGUGGAGAGAUUUGUUCGUUGCGGUGCUCAGCCAAACUAAUCUAACUUGUCGAGGAAAAAUCGUUGUUGUUGUUGUUGUCAUCGUGUGACUGUCAGAUACUUGUUUCUUAGAAAUAUGUAGACAAUUAUAUAUAAAGAUACAAGCGGUUUAUAUAAAUCUUUCUCCCUUAA